AGGUGGUGUGGUGGGAACCGCGGGAGGUGGUUCGCUUUCGGGGCCGUGGUGAGGGUUCGGCAGGCAGGCAGGUUCCUGGAGUUCUGAUUCGGAGAGUCCGCGGUGGCGGUGGACCUCCGGCGUAGGUUAAGGCUUGCUGGGCCGCACUUUCCUGCGCUCGGAUGGUGUGGGCGACAGGGGCGCUCUCUGAAAUUCACUGAACUCUGUCCCCGUGCGUCAGAUCCUCGGGUGCACCAAGUGCGUUUGAGGUCUUUGAAGCCAUUGUCUCAUUUGGCUUGUCGUGAAUCCCCUUUGUGAAAGGCGAAGGAACCGAGGCCCAGAGAAGUGGAGGAACUUGGCCGAGGGGCCACAGCUAGUGUGUGUAGAAGCCGAGGUCGGAACCCAGAUCGGGCCCCCAAGCCAGGACCAUCUUUCCCUGCUCUCCUUGAGGUGUACAGCCGUGCACCUGAUAAAGCCCUUGGGCUGCGGGUUGGCGCCUCCCUCCCCGCCCAAACUGGGCUCAGAAAACAGCGCUUCCCCUUCAGGACCGAAGAUGAUGCUUUAACCUGACAGAGAAUCAGGAGGUUAUUAGAAGUAUGGCAGGGAUUUGCUACCCUUUAGGACAUUGGUUUCUGCUGGGGAAAGUAUUCCCACGGCCUUAUGCAUUCGGUGCCCGGCCUAGAGUUGGCUGUCCCUGGGUACUUGUUGAAUGAAUGAAGGCUCUGCCACCUUUCUUGUACCUCUUUGCACUGCCCGAAGGAAAGAGGGCCAGUUUGAGAGUCAGACUGUGCCCCCACUCAGUGGCUGUGUGUCUUUGGGCAAAUUUCUGACCUUCUCUGUGUUUAGUUUCCUCAGUGGUAAAGUACAGGGGACCCUUGAACAAUUCGGGUUUGAACCGUGUCCGUCCACUUUUGUGUUGAUUGUUGAAAAUAAAUACAUUGGAAAAAUUUUCGGAGGUUUGCCGUAAUUAAAAAAACCUGGCAAAUGAACCGCGUAGCCUGGAAAUACGGAAAAAAUAAAAACGGUAUGUCACGAAUGCCUAAAAUACAGGUAGAUAGUAGUUUAUUUUAUUUACUACCAUAGUAUACGCAAGUUUGUUCAAGAAAGUUUAUCCGAAUGUGCACAGAGCCUUGGAGAACUGUACAUGGCCUCAUUCAUAGUCAAGAGAACCAGAAACAUGAAGAUGCAGUGUUAACUCCUAACUGCAUAAAAUUAACCGCAGUGCAUGCUGUACUACUGUAAUCAUUCCGUGGUCACCCCUUGCUGCUGUUUCCGUGAGCUCAGGUUUAGUAUGUGCUUCGCGUGGUGUGUGCUGCCCAUCAUCUCUGUGUUAGCACUUUGUCGCUAGUAAGUUGCAAAUGGCAGUACAAAGUGGUCCCCUGGUUCUUCCGUAUUUUUCAUCGUGUUCAGUGCCAUGUCGUAAACCUUGAAUAACACCAGGGGACUCACACGAAAUGCCACUAGUGGUUCUGGAAGUGCUCCCAUGAAGCAGAGGAAAGUCGUGACAUGACAAGAAAAGGUUGAAUUGCUCGAUACGGACUGUAGAUUAAAGUCGGCAGCCGUGGUUGCCCGCCAUUUCAAGAUGAAUGAGUCCAGCGUGAGGACCGUUGUAAAAAAAAAGAAAAGGAAAUCCGUGAAGCCGUUGCGCCAGAAGGGGCGAAGACCUUGCACUUUUUGCGAGAUACUUUUUUAUCUCGUAUUGAAAAUGCAGCUUUUAUGUGGGUGCAGGAUUGCCAUGAGAAAGGCAUCCCUAUAGGUUCUAAUACGAUCCGAGAAAAAGCAAAGUCGUUACACAACAACCUGAAGCAAAAGGAAGAUGAAGGAACUAAAGCUGGAGAAUUUAAUGCGAGCAAAGGAUGGUUUGAUAAUUUUAGAAAGAGGUUUGGCUUAAAAAAUGUCAAGAUGGCAGGAGAAGGAGCUUCUGCCGACCCAGAGGCCAUUGAUAAGUUCCCACGUCAAGAGCUCCUAGACUGCGCGCCAGAGGAGUUAGCCGAAGGCGCCUCCGUGGGGAUGAGAACUUCUGGACCAGUGCCACAUGGGGAAGAUGUAGAAGAAGCAGGGCCAGGAAACAAGUUGACGUUAGACAACCUGGCAGAAGGUUUUCGAUUACUCAAGACGGGCUUUGACUUCUUUUACAACAUGGACCCUUCGUGAUUCGGGCACUGAGACUCAAGCAGGUGAUGGAAGAGGGCUUGGUGCCAGACAGGAAUAUCUUUAGAGAAAUGAAAGAGCGAAAAAGUCAGACAGAAAUUACGACGUAUUUCCGUAAAGUUAGGCCAAGUGUGCCUGCCUCGCCCGCCUGCCCUUCCGCCGCCUCCAUCUGUCCCACCCCGGCACCCCCGAGACCGCCAGACCAGCCCCGGGGCCUCCUCGUCCUCAGCCUACUCAGCGGGAAGGUGACAAGGAUGAAGACCUUCCCGCUGACCCGCUUCCGUGUAAUAAAUAGUGAAGAGUCAUUGUGGUGUACGGUUAAACUUCCCUGUUGUGUGUGUGAGCGAGUGUCUUCAUGUGGGAAUCCAGUAACUGUACGGCAAGAACUGUAGGGGACGCUUUGUGCCAUCAUCCUCUGCCUGGGCAUUCACCCUGUAAAACGUGUAAGAGGCCUUUGGAAGUGGGUAGCCUGUCCUUAGAGGCUGUCAGGUGAGUACUAUGUAAUACCAAAGUAACUGUGUGUUCUUACUGUUUAGUAAUGCUGCUUUAUGCCAUCAGAGAUUUAAUUACCUUGCAGUAUGCCCCUUACCUCCCUCUCUGCCGCCCCCCGGCCCCGUAAUUGGAAAAGAUGCAUAUCUGUCUAUCAUCAGUCCUAGGUGGUUUUUUAAAAAAAGGAACAGUUUCCCAGACUGUAUUCUGAACCUGACAGUAGUACUGUGCGCCGUAAGAAUUUUAUAAGGGUUCAUUCAUUAGCGUCCAGAGCAGGCUCCUGGGAAACAGUCAUAUCGAUUACUCUAGGCUGCCAUUUUGUUUCUAGUCCAUGAAUUGUUGUUCUUAUAAAUAAAUAGGAAUCUCCCUUUUAGCCUUUUUAGUGUUUGGUGUCAGUAACAUAGAUACUAUCUACCGUGUUUUGUGUCCUCUAAGACAGUGUUGAUGAGGCUCCUGACAAUUCAUCUUGGAAACAAGGCUGCCCUCCUCCGAGCCGUGCCAUGGUUGGCAGGCCCAGCUGCCUGGAGAAGGCCUGUAUGCGGGCUGUGGUGCCGCACCGGGCAGGAUCCUGGGAGGUGGAUGGGGAGCAGGACCUCCACCCCGAAGGAGAAGCCUGCAGGCACAGACACAGAGCAGUUCCGGAUGGUCUACCGGCUCGAUGCUAUCCGAGUCUUCAAGUACCUGUCCCGGCUGAAGGUGACGCAGACGGCGCUGACGCUGCUGGCCCUGCCGCCUGGCUUCUAUGGGUACUUGCACGGCCUCGUGACUCUUGGCAACUUGUGCCUGGCAGGUGGGGUAGCCGGCUUCGCCCUGGCCAUGCUUUUCUGGAUGAGCCACUUCUUCCGGAGGCUGGUGGGCAUCCUGUAUGUGAACGAGGCGGGCACUGUGCUGCGCGUAGCCCACCUGACCUUCUGGGGCCGGCGGCAGGACACGGACUGGCCCGUGGCCGAUGUGAUCCCCCUGACGGAGAGCGAGGACCGGCCCCAGGAGCUGUUCGUGCGCAUCCAGCAGUAUGGCGGGAAGCAGACCUUCUACCUCAGCCUGCGCUACGGACGCGUCCUGGACAGAGAACGUUUCAUGCAGGUGUUUGGGAUGCUGGACACCCUCAAGUGAGCUGGGAGCUGGGCCUCCGGGUGGCCCUGGGCCGCCUGGAUCUCCAGCAGGAAGGCCGAGGGUGUGGGUGAGGCCACAGAGCGGAAUCAGGCCGCUGGAGACCUUGCCAGGGUCUCCAAACCCUUGUCUUUUGGGAUGAGGAAAUUAUGAGGCAGGAGCUAGUGACUGGGUUUAGGAAAGAGGUCCUUAGUACAAAUUCUUACUGUAUUUGUGUGCGACAUUCAGCCAGAUGAUGGCCAGAAGUUUCUGUUAACUGCCAGUUCUUGGAUGAAGCUACGUCGGGUUCACUCAAGUGGUGCCGUGCUGAGAAAUUGGAAGGUGGGGAGGUGCGCGGUGGGGAGCCCAGGGUUCGGAGUGAGAACGCUCAGGUGCUGUCCGUUCGCAACUCCUGGUCCUGCAGCAGGUUAUCGGGUCUCGCUGAACCUUGGUUGUCACAUCAGUGAAAGGGAAAAUCCUGCUUGUCACAUGGGACGGGUAUGAGAAUAAACAGUAAAUGUCAAGGUCACUGCAGAGGUCAGGGUGUGCUGCAAGGCUUCCAGGCAGUCAGGAGGGAUGUCCCGAGCCCUGUGCCUGGCCCCCGCGGGCUUACCCCGAGAAAGGACUGGGAAGAAGCCUAGAUAGAGGGGGGUCAUUUGACCCCGCCGGGAUGGUGACCGCACAGUGACCGGGACAGGUGUCGGCCCGGUGAGCACAGCACUCCUGCUGAGAUUGUGUUUGCCACCCAGACGUCUGUGGGUCCUCCUGUGGGAACGCUCUGCGAUGUGAUAAAGUGAGAUGAACUGUAUUCUGGUACCUUAUUUUAUAAACCGAAGCUGAUUAUAUGCGCUGCCCUUCCCUGCAGACAGUGCUACAUGUCUGUUAUACAGUGUCUAACAGUACAGAGGAGGGAAGGCGUGGUCUCUCUUACUCUGCCUCUCAGAAGUCAGUAACUACAUGUUUCUUUGUGCGGACUUCUAGCCUUUUUUAUUGUAAAAUAUACAGAAUGUAAAUUUAUCCUUUUACCAUUUUCUAGUGAACGGUUUAGGGACACUAAGCACGUCUACAGCGCUGUGCAACCGCGGCCUCUGUCCAUUUCCAGAACUUUUUUGUCAUCCCAGGUAGAAACUCUAUUCCCAUUAAACAUGACUCCCCAUUCCCCCUCUCCCUGGCCCUUGUAACCACUCAUCUGCUUUCUGUCUGUGUGGAUCAGCUUAUCCUGGACAUCUGGUGUAGACGGAAUCAGACACCCCGUGGUGUGUGAUGUCUGGCUUUCGCUCGCCAUCCUGUUUCCGAGGCACAUCUGGACUAUAACCCGUAUGAGCUUCAUUCCUUUUUGUGGCCGAAUAAUGUGUGUGUAGACCAUAUUUCGUUUCUCCAUCUGUUGAUGGACAUUUGCAUUGUUUCUAGCGCUUGGCUCUUGUGACUAACGCUGCUGUGGUCAUGGGUGGACAGAAGUCUGAGGCCGUGCUUUCGGGCCUUUCGGGUGUGUGCUGAGAAGUGGGGUUACUGGAUUGGUGGUAACUCUCUGUUUACCCUUGUGAGGAACCGCCAGGCUUUCCCACAAUGGUUGCGUGCUCUUCUGUCCCCCCGCACUGCGUAAGGGUUCCAGUUUCUCCAUGUCCUUCUUUUGGAUAAUCGGCAUCCUAGUGGGUGUGAAGUGGUGUCUUCCUGUGCUUCCGGGCUUUUGUAGAAACACGGGUGUUAUCUUGUACCUGGAAUUGUUUGGGUUUUCUGCUUCCCAAAAAACAUGAUUAUCUUAGUGGUAAACCAUCGCAAAUACUCUGUCACAAGAAAAUAAAAGCCUUGUAACAUGUGA